AUGGACUCCAGUACCGCGCGAGGAGCGGCAACAAAUGCGCCAGCGCGGAGCUGCGUACGCGCCCCUCCCCCGCGAGACCAUAACACAGAGGCUUUGGCUAACCUCCUCGGACAUAGGACGCGCAAAACCAAGGAGAUCAACUUUGGAUUUUCAUUUGGAGGACCAAGCCUUGGAUUCCCAGAGCCUGAACAGCCUGCUAUCAUACCUGAGACCAUAAUACCGCCGCAAACCGAACCUGCUCCCAUAGCUUCAACUCUGCCGCCCCAGGGAGCUUCGUCGCAACCCCAGUCGCAGACACACAACCCUCAGCGCACACCAGGUAGUGCGCGUAAUAAUCGCCCGCAGCGUCCUUCUGCAUAUGACAUACCACCUGACGACGUCCCUGAGCAAAUUCGCAGUAACAAGCGACGGAAGAUUAGUAGCGCGAAAAAAGACACACCUUCACAAAUUGUUGAAAAUAUCCCGCAUGGAAACUUGCCACCUACAGCGAACUCAGAAACACAAGCCGGGCGUGUGAAAGCCCUAACGGAGGCACCCCAGCAGGAAACUGCGGACAAUGUGCCCGUACCAUCUCCACCUGUUCCAGAGACGCAUGUACCUGAGAGAACCGAAGAGGCUGGAACCUCGACUGUCAAUGGCAAAGAGAUAGAGACUCCCACCCCCGAUAUAGCACCCAGCCGGACCCGAUUAUCAAAGUCCAAAUCCCCACAGAUCGAAGCAGAAGCUCAACCCAAUGAGCCAUCGUCAAGGAAACGACAGAAACCUAAAUCGCCAAUCCGACCUGACCAAGAAACUGCAGACAACCAGCCAGAGCAAGCCCCGCGGAAAUCUAUCUCGCCUCGGUCCAAGAGGGAAAAACAACCUAAGUCAAAUGUGCAAGAAACGCCCAAUGAUUCUGUAGAGGCACCCGAGGCUAGCCACGCCUCUACGGCAAAUUCUACAGCCGACCGCGAUGCAUCUGUCGCUGCCGUAAAUGGCAAGCGGACACGCACAAAGGCGGCGACAGGGAGGAAGGCCACGAGAGAAGUGGCGGCUCAGGUCAAUAGCAAUCGCUCCAAAUCACCAAGCAUAGAGGGGGCACCACCGGAUACGGCAUCUGAGUCUCAAGAUCAGAAAGAUCAGCAAGAUCAGCAAGUCCAGCCCAACAAUAUCGCCAAAGGCAAGCGCCCCCGCAGACAACCUUCACCUGCGAAGGAUUCGAAUGAUAUCGAGACAGAAUCACAAUCUCAGAGCCCAGCGGAUUCUGCGCCAACUGCCGGUGAAUCAUUUACAACAGCUGCACGCCAAACGCGGAAGCCAGCAAAGAGGAAGAAGACCCAGCCUGAACCUGAGCCCAACCCCGAGGUUGAUGAAGAACCAGAGGCGGGGUCUGCAAAGUCGAAGUCCCGCAAGGGUAGAUCUGGGGGCAAAUCCAAACGUGCUCUCGAGCAACAGGCAGAGCCAGAGACGCAACAAGAAGAGGCGCCCCAGGAGCCGGAACGAGCGGCGGAACCCGAACCACCAAAGCAGCGUCGCGGCCAAGGAAAGAAAGCCAACCGAAGAACAGGAACAGAAGCGCCUCCUCCACAAGAGCUACCGGAGGCAGAGGCCGAGACAGAGGCCGAAAUAUCACGCCCAACACAGCGAAAGCCAAGGGAACCUCGUGGAGAGACUGUUCCUGUUACCAUUCAUCGACUUGUUAAUGCCUCUGCACUGGGUGCCUUUGAUAUUUCCGAAAAUGACCCUGGAGAGGAAGGAGACAGGCCUACCGAUGAGUCCUCGACCCACCAGAAGGCCAGGCUUCCAAAUCGCGGAGGCGUCAAUCCUGCCGAUGUCUUGAGCCAGAUUUGUCGCGAGACCUUAGAAAAGACGCUCACGACGCUGAAAACAGGAAUUGAGAACGAAACAAACGCCGCGCGACGUGCUGAAUGGUCACGCAAACGCAAAGCUGUCGAGACCUUUGGCAUGGAGCUGGACGGCCGCCUGUUAGACUUGAGUGAAAUUUUGGACAGCAAUUUCGUGCUUGGUGUGCAACUCAAGAAGGCGAAGCGCGACAUGAUGGAAAUGCGGAGCCACCUACACCAGGUGCGGCGGGAGCGAGAAGGUAUCGCUCUACAGAUGGACCGGGUGCGCAGCAGGCACAUGCAGAAGGAGAAUGAGAAAACGACACGUUCUACUAUCAACAAUUCCAUCCACAGCCUCGAGCUUGCACUCGACCGCAGCCAAUAUCGCGGGUCACCAUCGACCGAGUCAUCUUCAACGGAGCUCGAAUUCUUACUUCGGAGUGUGGCUGAGGAAGUAAGCUGCCGCGCCCCUGGAUCACAAGGUGGUCUCCUCCACCAAAUCCAGAGUUUCAAUGCGCAACUAGAAUCGACGGCACGACAGCUGGAGAGAUCAUGA